UCGAAUGGCAAUGUGCGCCAUUUUGGAAGAAAAAAAAAUCACGGGGGUUUGCUAUGCCUCUGACUGUGAUUGUCGGCUCUUAAACCCCAUCGCAUGCCCCUUCUGGUGCUUUAAAACGCGAACGUAACAACACAAAUUAGGUUGGGAGAAAGACCUCCGGCGACGUUAGAUCUGGUGCAUCCAGGAAGAAGAGAUGGCUGGUGUUGGAGGUGGGAAUGACUUUCAGUGGUGUUUUUCCCAAGUGAAAGGUGCAAUUGACGAAGAUGUGGCGGAAGCUGACAUUAUAUCGACUGUUGAAUUCAACUAUUCUGGAGACCUUCUAGCGACGGGAGACAAGGGAGGCCGAGUAGUCAUAUUUCAACGGGAACAGGAGUGUAAAAAUCGGCCUCAUUCAAGAGGAGAGUACAGCGUUUACAGCACUUUUCAGAGUCACGAACCUGAGUUUGAUUAUUUGAAAAGUUUAGAAAUUGAGGAAAAAAUCAACAAAAUCAGGUGGUUGCCCCAACAAAAUGCGGCUCAUUUCCUGCUCUCAACAAACGAUAAAACGAUUAAACUUUGGAAAAUCGGUGAAAGGGACAAAAGAGCGGAAGGCUACAAUUUGAAAGACGAAGGCGGAAGGCCGCGAGAUCCUUUCCGAAUCACGUCAUUACGGGUUCCAGUGCUGUUGCCAAUGGACCUCAUGGUAGAAGCCAGUCCUCGGAGAAUAUUCGCAAACGCGCAUACGUAUCACAUUAACUCCAUUUCCGUAAAUAGUGAUCUUGAAACUUACAUUUCUGCGGAUGACCUAAGAAUAAACCUGUGGCACUUGGGAAUCACGGAUAGAAGUUUUAACAUUGUAGACAUCAAGCCAGCUAACAUGGAGGAGCUCAUAGAGGUGAUCACUGCGGCGGAGUGUCACCCGCACCAGUGCAACGUGUUCGUGUACAGCAGCAGCAAGGGCACCAUACGGCUGUGCGACAUGAGAGCAGCUGCCCUGUGCGACAGGCACACCAAAUUCUUUGAGGAGCCAGAAGACCCAAGUGGCAGGUCAUUCUUCUCUGAAAUCAUCUCCUCGAUAUCCGACGUGAAGUUCAGUCAGAGCGGCCGAUACAUGAUGACGAGGGACUAUCUCUCUGUGAAGGUGUGGGACCUGAACAUGGAGAACAGACCGGUGGAGACCUACCAGGUGCAUGAGUACCUUCGAAGCAAGCUGUGCUCUUUGUAUGAAAACGACUGCCUGUUUGACAAGUUUGAGUGUUGCUGGAACGGUACGGACAGCGGCAUCAUGACGGGCUCCUACAACAACUUCUUCCGGAUGUUCGAGCGGAGCAGCAGGAAGGACGUGACGCUGGAGGCCUGCAGGGAGAGCAGCAAGCCCCGCGCCCUGCUCAAGCCCCGCAGGGUCUGCACCGGCGGCAAGCGCAAGAAGGACGAGAUCAGCGUGGACAGCCUGGACUUCAACCGGAAGAUCCUCCACACCGCCUGGCACCCCAACGACAACAUCAUCGCCGUUGCCGCCACCAACAACCUGUACAUAUUCCAGGACAAAAUCAACUGAAAGCCUUUUCUUUUUUUUUUCCUUUCAGCCAGAGGGUGGAAGGGCGGAGUCUCAUUCUUGCAUAGUGGCGCCUAGUUGUUUAUUUGUAAGAGAAAUGGCCUUCUUAUCCUCUUAGUGAAGACUUUUGAUGCACUCAUCUCCUCGUCUAGUCAAGGAGAAAUGUCGGCUGCUUAAUUAUUAUUUUGGGGUUUUGUUUUUGCUCAGAAGAGUGAAUUGGGAAGAGUCAGAGGCGUAUGAGUCAGGAGAGGACCCUGCGGAAUCAGAGUUGACCGGCAGCACUUGACGUCAUGCUCAGGAGUCAGUUUGAUUUUGAGUCUUUAUUUUUUCGAUCGAAUCGCCAAACUGGGACACCUAAGGACCAAUAUUUUUUGUCAAUCGCCUCCUUGUGACAAUAGCCGUGGUCCUAAAUAAAACGGGGAAAUAUGUGUGAUAAAGCAUGUUAACAUUCCUCCACUGGCACAGUUUUGCAGGCCAAUAUGUUUUUACUUCUGGAGCACUUACCAGUUUUCUUUGGCCAGUGGACAAAUCUUUUUGUUUUGUUUCCCCCCCCUUCUUGUUCACAGUAACACACACACACACACGCGCACACGCACACUGACUGCCUUCAUAAAGCACUGUCUGAUGUAAUUUAAUAAAAGUAACGAACACUCCAUAUGUUUUUA